AUGGGAACGAGAAAGAACAUUGAGUUGGAAGAAGGAUGGGAAUACAUGCAGAAAGGGAUCACAAAGGUGAUAAAUAUUAUUGAAGGCGUCCCUGAUGAAUCACCGAUGGACGUAGAACUUUAUAUGAUGCUGUCCACAACAGUCUACAAUAUGGGCACUCAGAAACCUCCUCAUGAUUAUUCCGGACAGCUAUAUGAAAGAUACACAGGUGUUUAUAAUGAUUACUUGCAAUCAAAAGUUUUACCAGCUAUUCAAGAGAAGAGCGACGAUGCAUCUAUGUCGCGACAAAUCGUUAAGAGGUGGGAUAAUCACAAGGUUAUGGUAAAUACACUUUGUAAAAUUUUCCGUUAUCUCGACCGUCUUUAUAUUCGUCCGAGGAAACUUUCUUCGUUGAAAGAUGUUGGGUUUGUUGCUUUUCGCGAAAUUGUGUAUGAGAAGAUGAAAGUGAAAGUUAGAGAUGCUGUUAUUGCUUUGAUUAAUCAAGAACGCGAGGGAAAUGAUAUUGAUAGGACUUUGGUCAAGGAUGUGUUAGAGAUAUUUGUUGAAAUUGGGAAUGAGAAUGGUAAAGAUAAGUUGGAUUGUUAUGUUAAUGAUUUCGAAACUGCGUUUUUAAGUGACAUGGUCGAUUAUUAUACUCGGAAUGGUUCUAAUGAGAUUACGGUUAUAGAAUGUUUUCAAAUGGAGAAGGAUAAGGAUGUUGAAAAGGGGAUGCGAUGUAAAGAUUCAGAAGAUGCAGCGUUAAUGACAAUGCUUUAA